CCCGAGCGGCGGGGUCUGCUGUGGGCCUGGUGCUGGCCCUGAGACUGGGGUGAACAUGGAGGAAGAAGAUGAGUCCCGAGGGAAAGCAGAGGAGUCAGGCGAGGACCGGGCUGACGGGCCGCCUGACAGAGACCCCACGCUUCCUCCUUCUGCCUUUAUCCUGCGGGCCAUUCAGCAGGCCGUGGGGAGCUCCCUGCAGGGGGACCUGCCAAACGACAAAGAUGGUUCUCGCUGUCAUGGCCUUCGAUGGAGGCGCUGCCGCAGCCCACGGUCAGAGCCCCGUUCCCAGGAAUCAGGGGGGACUGACACAGCUACUGUGUUGGACAUGGCCGCAGACAGCUUCCUUGCGGGGCUGGUGAGCGUCCUGGAUCCCCCAGACACCUGGGUUCCCAGCCACCUGGACUUGCGGCCUGGCGAAAGCGAGGAUAUGCUGGAGCUGGUGGCUGAGGUCCGGAUCGGGGACCGGGAUCCGAUCCCUCUGCCCGUACCCAGCCUGCUGCCCCGUCUCAGGGCCUGGAGGAGAGGCAAAACGGUUUCUCCACAGUCUCACUCUUCUCGACCUGCCUGUGCCCGUCACCUCCUCACCUUGGGCACUGGAGAUGGGGGCCCCGCCCCGCCCCCUGCCCCCUCUUCUGCAUCUUCUUCCCCUUCCCCUUCCCCUUCAUCGUCCUCUCCUUCCCCUCCGCCCCCUCCACCCCCUCCAGCCCCUCCAGCCCCACCUGCCCCCCGGUUUGACAUCUAUGACCCCUUCCACCCCACCGACGAGGCCUACUCCCCACCGCCGGCUCCGGAGCAGAAGUACGACCCCUUCGAGCCCACUGGCUCCAACCCCAGCUCAUCGGCGGGGACCCCUUCGCCGGAGGAGGAGGAGGAAGAGGAGGAGGAGGAAGAGGAGGAGGAGGAGGAGGAAGGCCUGUCUCAGAGCAUCAGCCGCAUCUCGGAGACGCUGGCGGGCAUCUAUGAUGACAACAGCCUGAGCCAGGACUUCCCAGGUGACGAGAGCCCCUGCCAGGACCCCCAGCCCCCGCAGCCGGCUCCGGCUCCUGGGACCCCGCCCCAGGCGGACUCCACACGGGUAGAAGGAGCCACCCGCCGGCGUGUCUUUGUGGUGGGGACCGAGGCAGAAGCCUGUCGGGAAGGCAAGGUCUCGGUGGAGGUGGUGACUGCAGGGGGAGCCUCUCUCCCGCCGCCCCUGCUGGCGCCUGGCGACUCGGAGAUCGAGGAGGGCGAGAUCGUCCAGCCGGAGGAGGAGCCCCGGGUGGCCGUGUCCCUCUUCCGGGCGGGGGGCCGCGCCGCCCGCCCCGCUCCGGCCGCCCCCGCCACCCCCGCGGCCCAGCCCCCGCCGCCCGCCCCCCGGGCCCCGGAGGGCGACGACUUCUUGUCCCUGCACGCGGAGUCGGAUGGGGAGGGCGCGCUGCAGGUGGACCUGGGGGAGCCGGCGCCCGCCCCGCCGGCCGCGGACACGCGCUGGGGCGGCCUGGACCUGCGCCGCAAGAUCCUCACCCAGCGGCGCGAGCGCUACCGCCAGCGCUCCCCGUCCCCCGCCGCGGCCGCGCCCGCCCCCGCCGGCCCGCCCGCGCGCAAGAAGUCCCGGCGCGAGCGCAAGAGGAGCGGCGGCGGCGAGCCCAAGGAGGCGGCCUCCUCGUCCUGCGGCGCGCAGCCCGCGGCGCCGGCGCCCGCCUCCCCCUGGGACUCCAAGAAGCACCGCUCCCGGGACCGCAAGCCCGGCGCGCACGCCUCGGCCUCCGCCCGCCGCCGCUCCCGCUCGCGCUCGCGCUCGCGCUCCCGCUCCGCGCGCCGCCGCUCCCGCAGCACCGACCGCCGCCGCGGGGGCAGCCGCCGCUCGCGCUCCCGGGAGAAGCGCAGGCGGCGGCGGCGCUCGGCCUCGCCGCCCCCCGCCACCUCCUCGUCGUCGUCCUCCCGGCGGGAGCGGCACCGCGGCAAGCACCGGGACGGCGGCGGCAGCAAGAAGAAGAAGAAGCGCUCCCGGUCCCGGGGCGAGAAGCGGUCGGGGGACAGCGAGAAGGCCCCGGCCGCGGCCGCGCCGCCCCCCGGCUCCGUGUCCUUGGCGGGGGAGCGGGACAGCCGCCGCCGGGCCGUGCCGCCCUCCAUCCAGGACCUCACGGACCACGACCUCUUCGCCAUCAAGCGGACCAUCACCGUGGGCCGGCCCGACAAGCCGGACCCCCGCGGCGCCUCCCCGGCCCCGGCCGCGUCGCCCAAGCGCGAGGUCCUGUACGACUCCGAGGGGCUGAGCGCCGAGGAGCGGGGCGGCAAGAGCAGCGAGAAGGACCGGCGCCGCUCGGGGGCCGCCUCCUCGUCCUCCCGGGAAAAGGGAUCGCGGCGGAAAGCGCUGGAUGGGGGGGACCGGGACAGGGACCGGGACCGGGACCGGGACAGGUCGUCCAAGAAGGCCCGGCCGCCCAAGGACUCGGUGCCCUCGGGGCCCCCGCCCAAGCCCGCGGUCAGCAGCGGCUCGGGCUCCUCGUCCUCGUCGUCGUCGUCGUCCUCCCGGAAGGUGAAGCUGCAGUCCAAGGUGGCGGUGCUGAUCCGCGAGGGCGUCAGCAGCACCACGCCGGCCAAGGAGGCCGCGUCCGCCGGCCUGGGCUCCAUCGGGGUCAAGUUCAGCCGUGACCGGGAGAGCCGCUCCCCCUUCCUCAAGCCGGAUGAGCGGGCCCCUGCUGAGGUGGCCAAAGCGGCGCCGGGCAGCACCAAGCCCAAAAAGACCAAGGUCAAGGCCAAGGCCGGGGCCAAGAAAGCUAAGGGGACCAAGGGGAAGACCAAGCCAUCCAAGACCAGGAAGAAGGUCCGCGGCGGCGCGGGCGGCGGGGGUGGCGGGGGCCCCGUGACGCUCAAGAAGUCCAAGGCAGACAGCUGCAGCCAGCCCGCUGGGGCCAAGGGCGCCGAGGAGACUUCCUGGUCCGGGGAAGAGCGGGCGGCCAAGGCCCCUAGCACCCCGCCCCCCAAGGCCGCCCCCCCAGCCCCUGCGCUCACGCCGGACUCGCAGACUGUGGACAGCAGCUGUAAGACCCCCGAAGUCUCCUUCUUGCCCGAAGAGGCCACCGAGGAGGCGGGGGGCCGAGGUGGGGCUGAGGAGGAGGAGGAGGAGGAAGAGGAGGAGGAAGAGGAGGAGGAGGAGGAGGAACAGCAGCCGGCCACCACCACGGCCACCAGCACAGCUGCAGCCGCCCCAAGUGCUGCCCCGAGCGCAGGGUCCACGGCUGGUGACUCGGGGGCAGAGGACGGACCGGCCACUCGGGUCUCUCAGCUGCCCACGCUGCCCCCACCCAUGCCGUGGAGCCUGCCUGCUGGUGUGGACUGCACCACCAGUGGCGUCCUGGCCUUGACUGCACUUCUCUUCAAGAUGGAGGAAGCCAAUCUGGCGAGCAGAGUGAAGGCCCAGGAGCUGAUCCAGGCCACCAACCAGAUCCUCAGCCACAGAAAGCCACCCUCAAGUCUGGGGGUGACACCAGCUCCUAUGCCCACCUCUCUGGGUCUGCCCCCUGGCCCUUCCAGCUACCUGCUCCCCGGAAGCCUCCCCCUGGGGGGCUGUGGCUCUACCCCCCCCACCCCCACCGGGCUGGCUGCAGCAUCUGACAAGAGGGAAGGCAGCAGCAGCUCUGAGGGACGAGGGGACACAGACAAGUACCUGAAGAAGCUGCACACGCAGGAGCGGGCGGUGGAGGAGGUAAAGCUGGCCAUCAAGCCCUACUACCAGAAGAAGGACAUCACCAAGGAGGAGUACAAGGACAUUCUGAGGAAGGCCGUCCACAAGAUCUGCCACAGCAAAAGCGGGGAGAUCAACCCGGUGAAGGUGAGCAACCUGGUGCGGGCCUACGUCCAACGCUACCGCUACUUCCGCAAGCACGGCCGCAAGCCAGGGGACCCCCCAGGCCCCCCACGGCCGCCCAAGGAGCCGGGGCCCCCCGACAAGGGUGGCCCGGGUCUACCCCUGCCCCCUCUCUGAGACCCCUGGCCACCCCUGCCCUCCGUUGCCUCAGAAUUCUGGACGUAUUUAUGGCUCCGCCUCCCCACUUCCCUCCCCCGCCAGUGGGAUGAGUGGGGGAGGGCUGCUGCUGGACUAGGAGAGCCCCCUGCCCGGCCCAGCCCCGCCCCGCCCCCUUCCCCAGACCUGUCCCUGCCGCCCCUCCCUUUCGUGCCCCCAGUUUCAUUAAAGAUUUCAUGAAA